ACUGGAAAUGGGAUCAGCUGUGCUCAAGAGUCACGACUGAUAAUUUUAUUUUCUUUUAUAAUAAAAACUUUAGCACAAAAAUUAAAAUAUAAUAUUUUUUCAAAUUUGUCGUAAUAAGCUUUGAUUUCAUUUCAUUUAUUUAUCAUAUGUAAUAUAUAUUUUAAAUUUAAUUUGCAAAGAUCUGAAACCAAGAAGCUGUAACAGGAGAAUAGUCUAGUAGUAGUAGUAGUAGAAGUAGGAGUAGGAGGAGAGAGAGAGAGAACCUCAUCAUCAUCAUCAACCUCAAUGGUCUCUCACUCCCAUUGCUCCAAUCUCAGCCGUUGAUUUGAUCUCUUCUCCGAUUUCAUGUACCUUAUGUUCUUCGCUUCUAGGGUUUCACUUCUCCAUUUCUGCUUCGCUUUUUUACUAGACUAUGUCGUCGACGGCCAAGAUCAGUCAUCAUCGGAUCAACGGCCAGAUUUUGCCUCAGCCGUGUACUCACCUGGCCGAGUUCCAAUCCACCAACGGCCCCAGGCCGUUCCGGGCGUUCCAGGAUUGUCUACGUGUCAAGCCUCCCGGAGGUCGAGCUGCGAUCCGGCGUGACCCCAACGAGGUUCCCCAGUGCGGCGCGUGCGGUGACGCGGCUCGGUCCAGGCUCUAUGCCUGCGUGGCGUGCGCCUCUGUGUCGUGUUACGCGCCUUCUGGACCUUUCCAUGCGGCGGUCCACGCUGAGUCGAUGCCUCCCGGACAUGAGAUCGCCGUCGAUGUUGAUCGAGCUGAGCUCUUCUGCUGUGCUUGUAAGGAUCAGGUCUACGAUCGGGAUUUCGACGCUGCGGUUGUUUUGGCUCAGACUGCGGCGUCGACGCUUGGGUUGAGCUCGUCUUCUUCGUCAUCUGCGUCGGAGGUUGCGUCCGUGAUUCGGUUUCAGCAUCCGGAGAAUCUCAGAAAACGACGACGUGUUGAUUAUCGGCCUUGGGAGCCGGAUCUGAGGGAGCGGACUCUGGUCGAGAACGGGUCGAGUCCGCUAGAGAGUCCCGAUACGGCGCCGGAUUUGCCCCGGGGACUGCGAGGGCUGAACAAUUUGGGGAACACUUGUUUCAUGAACUCGGUUCUCCAAGCAUUGCUUCACACUCCUCCACUAAGGAACUAUUUCUUGAGCGACCGCCAUAAUCGUUACUUCUGCCAGGAUAGGAGCAGCGUCGCCACCGUCUCAGUCUCAGCCUCCGUUAAUGCAAGUCGGAGAAAUGUUGCGGUUACAACGAUGAACGCGGAUUCUAAUGGAAAGAAUCGAAAUUGUUUGGCUUGCGAUUUGGAUGACAUGUUUUCGGCAGUGUUUUCAGGGGAUCGAAUGCCGUACAGCCCUGCAAAGUUUUUGUUCAGUUGGUGGCAGCACGCGGCGAAUUUGGCGAGUUAUGAACAGCAAGAUGCACACGAGUUUUUCAUUUCAAUGCUUGAUGGGAUUCAUGAAAAGGUGGAUAAGGAUCGGAGGAAACCACAUAGUCAAGGCAAUGGAGACUGCUGUAUAGCUCAUAGAGUAUUUUCCGGCAUCUUGCGAUCUGAUGUCAUGUGCAUGGUUUGUGGUUUCACAUCUACGACAUAUGACCCUUGUGUUGACAUCUCACUGGAUUUGGAACCAAACCAAGGGGGUUCUGGAAAGAUGUCAUCCACAAAGGCCGGUCAUCCUUGCAAUGGUGAGGCAGAUUACACUAAUUCAAGGCAACACACGGGUACAUCUACCUUGAUGGGAUGCUUAGACCGUUUCACAAGACCCGAGAGAUUGGGCUCUGACCAGAAAUUCUUCUGCCAACAAUGUCAGAUUAGGCAAGAGUCACUCAAACAAAUGUCCAUAAGAAAACUCCCACUUGUUUCGUGCUUCCACAUCAAAAGAUUUGAGCAUUCUUCAGUCAGGAAAACGUCAAGAAAAGUUGAUCGUUACUUGCAAUUCCCAAUUUCAUUGGACAUGGCACCUUAUCUAUCUUCUUCGAUCUUGAGGAGUCGAUAUGGGAACAGAGUUUUCCCGUUCGACGAGGAUGAGCCAGAUGCUUCAAACGACUUAUCCUCAGAGUUUGAGCUGUUCGCUGUUGUUACCCACAGCGGGAAGCUUGAUGCGGGCCAUUAUGUGACUUACUUGCGGUUAUGUAAUCAAUGGUACAAGUGUGAUGAUGCUUGGAUCACUCGAGUCAAUGAGAACAUCGUCCGGGCAGCUCAAGGAUACAUGAUGUUUUAUGUACAGAAGAUGCUAUACUACAAAGCAAGCGAGAAACAGGUUGCUAGAUGAUAUGCUUAUCAGAAAAAAUAAAGAUGAUUACAUAUACUAAUUGAAAAAAGAAAAAAAGAAAGGAAAAAAAAGAUGGGACAAGGAAUUACCAUGGCCAGUUUUGUUGACAUUGAAAGCAAUGUCAUUGGUAAUUGACUAAGCAACUACUCCCGUUGCUCUUUGCAGCAUAGAUUGCUAAAUUUUUGAGGCAGUAUUUUGCAUUGGGGAAGAUUAAUUUAUCAAGGUAAGGUUUUUUCAGAAAAUAUAUUUUCUGAUAUGUUAUUUUUUCUUUUAUAUAAUUUAUAUGCAACUUUUUUCCACGUUUAGCAUUCAAGUAUUGUUAAUUGGGUCUUGAUUAUUUUUUCUUCUAAUGGAUCCUCUCAGAAGUUUACAAUGCUUGGAGUUCUGAAGUUUACAAUGUUUUACUGGAAUGAUAAAUCUCUGUUUCCUCGAAUGGCACAACCAGGCCAAAAAUCUGAGUUUAGAGUCAUCUUUUUCGAAUACUUGAAUUGUUAUUGGAUUUUUGUGCUCAACAAGAUUCUGUGCUCAAGCAUUUAUUCUUAAAACGAAGAAUGCCUUUUCUUUGCUGUACGUGUAGCUGAAGCUAUUAUAUAUGGUUAUUAUAAAGAUAUUCACCUGUUCA